AUGUCCAUGGAGGACUCCGCCAUGGAGACCGAGCCCCAUGCACCAGAAGGGGAAUUCCCACAUUCACCCUGGGUUGACUUGGGUCCAUUUACCUCCCCUCAUAAUUCUCCUCCGAUGCCUGAAUUCAGUGGGUUUGAGUAUGGUCCUUCGCCUAUUAUGGCGGUGGAUGGUUACGGCAUGUCACUGCCGCCACCUUACACCUCGAUGCCACUCCCGAUGCCUUCGCAUGCUUGGCCCAGCAUGCUUACGAACCAUUCUCCUUUUCAGGAGGGACUUCCUCCAGUUCCGGCACCUAUAUCGGUUUCACCUUCUGCGCCCACGCCUCCAGUGCGGAAAUCUUCUACCGGAGGAGCUACUCCGCGCAGAACUCUGACCGAUGAAGAUCGUCGGCAAAUGUGUUUAUACCACGAAGAACACAAGACCGCAAAGCAAACUGAUAUUGGAGCAUUAUUUGGGGUCGAAAGAAGUACCGUGUCCAAAGUUUUGCGACAGAAAGAAAAGUACUUAAACCCUGAUGAUGGAAGUCGGUCACCUAUUAAACGGGCCAAGGGUCGGGUCCCUGACAUUGAGAAGGCCCUAUCAAACUGGGCAAGAAACUACCAGCGCGGAGGCUACCCAAUCAACGACGAGAUGAUCCAAGAGAAAGCUCUGUUCUUCGCCAGUACCUGCGGGUGCCCUGAGGGUAAAGAUAAAGUGCUCACAGCUGCUUGGUUGGAGCGAUUCAAGCAGAAGAACAACCUGAUGGGUGCUACGUCACGCAGGGGUUCUCUUGAUGCCCGACGAAGCGGGUCCAACAGCCCUACUCGCAUCAACACUAAUUUCUCUGGUGCGACCAACAGUCCUAAAGCUCACUCUCCCAUCUCUCCUACCAAUGCAUUUGGAUCACCAAUCUCCCCCGGUCAAAGUCCGGACCGCGUCAAGCGGGAAUACGAUACAGUCCCUGAACUGUCGGGAGGCUAUCUACAUGGACAUUCGAAAAGCACCACUUCCCUGGAUACCUCCUCCAGCGGGAUGAUCAGUCCCAGCUCAACUUUGGUCUCCGACAGCCCCUUUACACCGACCAGCCAGUCCCGUCUUCCAUACUCGGGUAGCAACAACAGCAACAACAAUCGACCCCGCAGCUCGACCUUCCCUCUCCCGAUCGACCCAACCCUAAUCACGGCAGACCACUCGAUCGACCGAGACAGCAAGACAGAUCCACGAAAAGCUGGACCGGUCGCCAUCCUCGAGUCGCCUCUGGAAUUCGAUGACGAGCAAUCCCAAGCAUUCAAGGGAAAGGACCCGAGGAAAUUGAUCAAGCGGAACCGCAGCAACCCCGAAAUCACGACGAAGUCCAUGCAACCACCGCCCGUGGUGUCCAAAUCCGCUACCGUGUCCCCCAUCAGUGCGCCUGGAUCUCCGACACAAGAUGAAGCCCGGCAAGCCUUGGAACUUGUGAUGAACUACUUCCAACACCAGCCAUCCGGUCUCGCAGCACAGGAGUACGUGACAAUCGGCAAGCUGAUGGAGCGUCUUGAGCUGGCAAAAAGCCAAGGCUAUAAUUUCCUCGGUGGUCUUCCUCGAAUCGACGAGCAUGACGAUGGUCCCCGUGUGACCAAGAAACGGAGCAUCCACAAUCUCGGCUGA